AUGGGUAAGAAGCAUUAUCAUUUGCUAAGUAGUAUAGCAAAUAGCAUAAAGAUUAAGUUUGAUAAGUAUUGGGGUAAAGUUGAUAAAAUGAAUAAGAUUUUGAUUGUAGCAGUCGUGCUUGAUCCUGGGUAUAAGUUUGAGUUUGUUGUACAUUGCAUUGAUAUUUUGUAUGACAGUGUUAAAGUUGAAGCCACAAAAAAUAAGGUCAUGAAAUUAUUGUAUGCUUUGUAUAACCAACAAAAGGGAUGGCAUCAUUCAAACAAUGGACCUAGUAGAAGCGAAAGUGGGAGCGAUGAAUCUAAUGAUGGAGUCACUUUGUUGGAGGAUUCGAAUGAUGAUGAUGAUUGGGAUGACUGCAAUUUUGAUUUUGGAGUUUCUUAUUAG